AUGCCAUCAACCGAGGUGUCCAUCGAUGCCCGCCUGUUCCACAGGAGGGCUAGAGGACUCGUCAACCACUGGAAGAAAUCAAACGGUCCCGAUGACUCUUUCCAGAAUGUCAAUAGUCUGCUCGUUGUUUUGGGUGACAUGACGGAUGAGGACAACGUGUAUCAAAAGACAACUGCAUUGCAGAUCUGGCUUUUCGGAUACGAACUCACCCAGACGCUGAUGCUGUUCACCCCCGAGGCUCUUCACAUUGUCACUGGAAGCAAGAAAGCCAAGAUCCUGGAAUCGCUCAAGCAGUGGGAGGGUCAGCAGUUCCCAGUGGAGAUUCACGCCCGCACCAAGGAUGAGGUUCACAACGAGGAGCUGUUCCAAAAGAUGACCGACAUUAUGGCCAAGCACGGAAACCGAGUCGGUGUUUUCGCAAAGGAUACACAGACAGGAGCUUUCGCCAACGCAUGGAAGGUUGCUCUGGAGGGCUCUAACAAGCCCUUUGAGAACGUUGAUGUGUCGGGUGGCUUUGCCGAUGUCUUUGCUAUCAAGGAUGACGAAGAGCUGCGUUACACCAAGAGCGCCACCAGACUGAGCUCGCUCCUGAUGAAGAACUGGUUCAUUGAUGAGAUGUCCAAGAUUAUUGAUGAGGAGCGCAAGAUCACACACGAGAAGUUUGCCGAGAAGACCGAGGAUGUUCUUUUAGACGAAAAGAUGUUCAAAAAGCUCAAGUUCCCAGCGGAUGCGGCAUCAGGAAACCCCGAGUGGUGCUACACUCCUAUCAUUCAAAGUGGAGGCGACUAUGAUUUGAAGACUUCGGCAGUUUCGAACGACAGAGAUUUACACGCCGGCACCAUUAUUUGCUCCCUCGGUGUCCGUUACAAGUCGUAUUGCUCCAACAUUGGACGUACAUUCUUGAUCGACCCCAACAAGACUCAGGAGAAGAACUACACCUUUCUUUUGGAUGUACAGCGCAAGGUUUUCGAAUCUAUGAAGGAGGGAACCAAGAUCAAGGAUAUCUACAGCCGGGCAAUCGACUACAUCAGAAACAAACGUCCUGAGCUGGAGAAGAAGUUUGUCAAGAACUUGGGAUUCGGCACUGGUUUGGAGUUCCGCGAGUCCAGCUAUCUCUUGAACAGCAAGAACACAAAGGAGCUUCAGCGUGACAUGAUCUUCAGCGUCUCUGUCGGUUUCCAGGAUAUCGAUAACCCCAAGGCUGAGGAUGAGCAGUCCAAGAAGUACUCGCUGCUGUUGAUCGAUACUAUCAGAGUCACACAGGAAUCGCCACAACUUCUGACGGUGUGUGACACCAGCUUGUCGGAUGUCUCUUACUUCUUCAAGGACCCAGCAGAGGAGGAGGAGGAACCAGUCAAGAAGGAGUCAGGCGCUCACACCCGCGCUGCCAAGUCUGCUGUCUUGAACACCAAGUUUCGCAGUGAAGUUGAUGAGGCCAGCAAGGAUCAGUCGAGAAAGGAGCAUCAGAAAAUUUUGGCAGAACAGAAGCACGCUGAGGGUCUCGAGCGUUACGGUGAUGCUGGCAGCUUGAAGAAGGACAAUGCCAAGAGCGUGUUCCGCAAGUUUGAGAGUUAUAAGAGAGAGUCAGCACUACCUAAGGAAGUCAGCAGCCUGAGGAUUAUUGUCGACCAGAGGAACGACACCUUGGUACUGCCAAUCUACGGACUCCCAGUUCCUUUCCACAUCUCGACCCUUCAAAAGGUCACCAAGACGGACGAAGGCGAAUUCUUCUACCUGCGCCUCAACUUUAUCACACCCGGACAGCCCGGCAAGAAGGACGACACGCCAUUCGACAACCCCAACGCCAACUUCGUGCGUGCUCUUUCUUUCAGGAGCGCCGAUGGCCCAAGGAUGUCGGAGAUCUACAACCAGAUCCUGGAGUUGAAGAAGAACGCCGUCAAGAAGGAGUCGGAGCGCAAGGAGAUGGCUGACAUUGUUGAGCAGGACAAGCUGAUUGAAGUCAAGGGCAAGCGUCCUCCAAGACUUCCCGAUGUCUUCGCUCGCCCAGGGUUGGACGGAAAGCGGUCCGGUGAGCUUGAGAUCCACUCGAACGGUCUUCGCUACGUUUCGCCUCUUAGGAACGAAAAUAGGAUCGAUGUUCUCUUCAACAACAUCAAGCACCUUUUCUUCCAGCCCUGUGAUGGCGAGCUGAUCGUUUUGAUUCACUGCCAGCUGAAGAACCCUAUCAUGAUUGGCAAGAAGAAGACCGAGCACGUCCAGUUUUACAGAGAGGCUUCAGAUGCACAGUUUGAUGAGACUGGAAACCGUCGCCGGAAAUAUGUGUAUGGAGAUGAGGAUGAGUUGGCAUCUGAACAGGAGGAACGCAAGCGCCGCGCCGCUCUCAACAAAGAGUUCAAGCAGUUUGGCGAGAAGAUUACCGAGUUGAGCGAUAACAAGGUUGAGGUCGAUGUUCCAUUCCGCGAUCUUGCCUUCAACGGAGUACCCUUCAGGACCAACGUUCUGUUGAAGCCCACACAGGACUGUCUCGUCCACCUGAGCGAAGCUCCCUUCCUUGUCGUCACUCUUGCCGAUGUCGAGGUCGUCCAUCUGGAGCGUAUCCAGUUUGGUCUCAAGAACUUUGAUAUGGUUUUCACAUUCAAGGAUUACUUCCAGGCUCCUAUCCACGUCAACACGAUUCCCAUGUCACAACUCGACAAUGUCAAGGACUGGCUAGAUUCCAUGGAUAUUGUCUUUUAUGAGGGACCGGUCAACCUGAACUGGGGACCCAUUAUGAAGACGAUUCAGGAGGAUCCUGCCGAGUUCUACAAGGAGGGUGGUUGGUCGUUCUUGGCGAUCGAGUCGGAUGCUGAGGAUUCUGAGGAGUCUGCGUCCGAGUUUGAGGCAUCAGGAAGCGAUUUUGGAUCAUCGUCUGACGAGAGCACGUAUGCAUCGGACGCAUCGAACGAUAUUGGUGGUUCGGAUUCGGGAUCAGAGGAGGAUGAAGAGUCUGGAGAGGACUGGGAUGCAUUGGAGGAGAAGGCCAAGAGAGCGGAUGACAAGAAGUUUGGAGGAUCCAAACGCGAGGCUGACUCUGAUUCUGACAACGACAGAAAGAAGAAGAGAAAGCGCUAA